CUGGCCAUGUCGUAUCCUCAGGGUUACUUGUACCAGCCGUCAGCGUCCUUGGCUCUCUACUCCUGUCCGGCGUACAGCACCAGCGUGAUCUCCGGACCCAGGACUGAUGAACUUGGGAGAUCUUCUUCGGGCUCCGCUUUUUCCCCUUAUGCCGGAUCUACCGCCUUUACCGCCCCUUCCCCGGGUUACAAUUCCCACCUUCAAUACGGCACCGACCCGGCCGCCGCCGCCGCCGCCGCCUUCACUUCCUACGUGGGCUCUCCCUACGACCACACGCCGGGCAUGGCCGGCUCCCUGGGGUACCACCCGUACGCGGCGCCGCUCGGCUCCUAUCCCUACGGGGACCCCGCGUACCGCAAGAACGCGACGCGGGACGCCACGGCUACGCUCAAGGCCUGGCUCAACGAGCACCGGAAAAACCCCUACCCCACCAAGGGCGAGAAGAUCAUGCUGGCCAUCAUCACCAAGAUGACCCUCACCCAAGUCUCCACAUGGUUCGCCAACGCACGGCGGCGGCUCAAAAAGGAGAACAAAAUGACCUGGACGCCGCGGAACCGCAGCGAGGACGAGGAGGAAGAGGAGAACAUCGACCUUGAGAAAAACGACGAGGACGAGCCUCAGAAACUGGAGGAGAAGGGGGACCCCGGGACGCCGGACACAGAAGCGGCGGAUCCCAAGGCAGCGCCGGGCUGCGAGCGCCUCCAGGAGUCCCCCGACCCCCGGGAGGCCGAGGGCGGCCUCAGCGACUCGGAUUGCAAAGAACCAACGGAGGAGCGGCUCGACGGGCCGCCCGCCCCCCCCAAGGCGCCCGGUUCUUCCCCGCUGGGGCCUUGCCCGGCGGGUCGCGGGCUGCCGCCGGCGGGCAGCGAGGAGCCCCCGCCGUACCGCCCGCCCUCCGCCGCCGCCGGGCCCCCGCACGCCGCCGACCUUCACCCGCUGCUGCCCGCUGCCACCGGCGCCUCCGUCAUCCACUCGCCGCAGCAGGCGGCCCUCGCCAAGCCCAAGCUUUGGUCACUGGCCGAGAUCGCCACCUCGGUGGACAAGGCGAAGGAGGCCGGUGGUGAGGCGGCGCCCCCCGGUCCCGCCGUGCUGGGCGGCAGCGGCCCGUCCCGUUCGCCGCCGCGGCCGCGCUCGCCGGUAGCGCAAUGCCCCUUCCCCAACGGGGCGGUCCUGCCACGGCCGCUCUAUUACACGGCGCCCUUCUACCCCGGUUACACGAACUACGGCUCCUUCGGGGCCCUGCACGGGCACCCCGCCGGCGGCCCCGCCGCCACCGCCCCCGGCGCCCACUUCAAUGGAUUAAACCAGACUGUCCUCAGCAGAGCCGAAAGCCUGGCUAAAGACACUAAAAUGAUCAGGAGCCAGUCCCAAGUAGAUCUUUGCAAAGACUCACCUUACGAACUGAAGAAAGGUAUGUCCAACAUUUAAUAUCGGCUUCUCCUCCUUACUCCCUCCUGGGACUGUGGUUUUGUUCUUAUAUUUUGUUUGUUUCUGUUUGGGGUUUUUUUUUUGUUUAAUUUAUUGAGAGAAAUAAUAAAUUGCUUUGGCAGUUAUUUUUCCACUACCAAAAGAACAACAAAACAAGCAGAAAAAGACCAGCUCCCCCGCCUCCC